AUGGCGCGCUCAACGCGUGUCGUCCCAAAGUCCAGCCCGAGGUCCUCCAAGACCUCUUCGGGCGUGAACCAAUCCCAGCCACCCGUUUCUCCCAGUCCGAGACGUUCGUCCCGUUUGCAUAGUAGCCCGUCUCGGCCUGCCGCCUCCCGCACGACGGCCACAUCCGCGCCACGCGCUGCUGCCCCCACAGAUCGAGAGGCCGAGAGCCGGUGCGGCGACAGCCGCCACCCGACAAAUGAGCCCCCGUUCAGCCUGAAACAGCAGGCGGAGCCGCAGGAACAGCAGCAGCAGCAGCCUGUGCCCCCCGUCCUAUCGGGGAAAGCUCCUCUCGCCAGGGGAUCGGCGACACAUCUGCCCCCAAAUGCGGACAGCCCGCGCUCGCCCAACAAGCUUAAGCGGCGCCGCGGGCUCGAUCAUUACGAUCUUGUCCCAAUCCCAUCAUCUGCCCCCCAAGAUUUAGACAAUGAAUUGACUACGCCCCGGGCCCUCCGCGCUCUCAAGCGUCAGCGCCUCCAUCUUCAUAUCGAAGCCCCAGCAACUCCUGAGCCUUCCCCUUCUGGGGUUAGGCACGAUAGCCCCCGCUCCCCAAGCCCCUCUUCGGGCGACAUCACGUCCCAGCCCGAACCCGGGUGCCCAGAACCCCCGCCCAAGGAGGCCGAUAACGAUCUACGCAUCGUCGAGACCGACGCCACCGCACCUGCGGAUUCUCUUGGAAAGGAAGAGCAUCAUGCCUCAUAUGGCGACAAUGAAGCCGAGCGGCAGCAAUUCGGGAGUGGCCUUAGCCUGUCGGCCACGAAGUCGCUCUCGCCGGCAGUGGCGGUCGAUGCGUCCGUCGCCACAUCGUCACACGAAGACGACGCGCUCGCCGAGCCCUCAGACGCGAAUGUGCCAAGCACCGGCGCUGCCAGAGAUCUAGACACCGCUUCAGGGGAUACCCAAUCCGUAUCGGCUGAUCGUUCUGCAUCGCCGGCUCCCGCGUCUAACGACGCUGUCCCACAACCCAGUGCCGCACCUGCGUCUGCGCAGAACGAGGAUGCCCAAGAAGCGCCUGAACCGGCGUCUGAACCGGCGCCUAUGGAAGCUCAGCCACAGUCGCCGUUGCACGGCGCGCCACCGCCCGCAAACCUGGCUGCCUACAUGCCGACGCCGGAGGAGCAGUGGGCGCAUAUCGCUGCAAACUAUGGUCUGACGGAGGAAUCCAAUAUGACUUUGCCGUCGCACCGGUGGCGGGUGGCUGCGCAACGUGCAGGCGUGCGGGCGAGCCGCGGAGUGCGGCCGAAGAACCAGAAAUUUGAGGCGUGGGUGGGCACUUGGAGGUAUGAAACGAUGGUCCGCGUGGAAGCGAUGUUGGAGUGGGCGUCGUACGAGCUGGUUCGCGUGUACAAUGACUUGCAGACGCGGGACGACCCUGUGGACUUCUACAACUUCUCUGCGGAGAAUCUCCCGGAUGAUGUUGUGGGGAUGAUGGACGUCGACGAAGAGGAAGAGGAAGCGAGCGAUGCCUCCGCAGAAGCCGCUUCCGACGAAGAUGAUAGCGACGACGAUGAAGACGACGAAGACUUCGACGUCCCCGACGCCUCAAAUGUUAUCAUGGAAGUUGACAGCAUCGAGCCUGCUCCCGAGUUCGUGCAAGGCAGCUCGACAACGGCGACUGCGCUAGACGUCCCCGAGGAGCCGAACAGAACCCCCGAAUCACCGCCAGCCAAUCUGACGAUGCCCCCAUCGUCGAUCCCUCCUCGCUUCCGAAGUCUCACCCCCAGGCUUCCAGGCCUUUUUUCUUUCCACUCAGGCACGUCCGAUCAGCCUCAGCUAACACCGGACGGCCUCCCCUUCGUCGGCCGCGGUACGCCCGUCGACAAGCGGCGCCGCGACGACUGGGCGAACAUCCGUCCCGCAUCUCCCCGUUACCCCUCCCGGCCUCACUACACUACCUCUGACGAGGAUUGGUUUUCGCUCGUCACCACGCCCUCCAUCCUCUCGGGCAACACCUCGUCUCUCUCCUCCGACACUAACUUCGGCGUUCCGACCGAGGUCGGCCCGUUCUGCUGCACGCAAGACGGCCUCUACGGAUCGGAGGGAUCCCUGAUCCCGCCUAAAUAUGAUCCUCACGAAAGCGCCGCGGGUAUGAGCACGGACGGGAACGCUGGCGCGUUCGAUUACCCUGCCCCGCCGCAGGCCUGGAUGCAGCCGCCCGUCCGCGAGUCGACGACGCCUUUCCCGGAGUUUCCCCCGCAGCUCACGGGCGACUUCCCGGGGAAUGCCCCCGAGGCGGCGGCGUUCCCACCCGCGCCGCAGACGCAGGCGACGUCCACGGGCUGCAUCCUCCACCACAGUCUGCUGGAGUGCCUCACGUCGGGCCUGGGCUGCGUGUCGGGCCCGUUCGCGGGCGUGCAGAUGCAGAUGCCGACGCCGCCCCCGACGCCGCCGAUGGUCCCGUGUAACGUGGAGGCGGCGAACCCACCCGGCGUGCUCGGUGGGAUGGACGUCGGUCCGUAUGACGUCGCGAUGGAAUCGGUGCCCGUCCAGGCGUCCAGCGCACUGAGCCAUGCCCUCGGUUAA